AUGGCGGAAGGCUUGGAGGGCGCCCUGGUAAAUCCAAGUUUCGGCCAACUGAUAACAGGCGGAAUCUCUUCUCUUAAAGAAAUUAUACAAAAAGUGGAACUUCCCUUGCAACAAGCUUUUAUAUCGGGACUUGUUUUGGGGUUGAAAGAGUUUUUGAAUAAGUUGGUUUUCAAGUGCCCUGAACGUUACCAUAAAUUGUAUAGUAUGUUGUUCAUAUUUGCCCCAGUGGUGGUAUUCUUCUGUUUCGCGCUGAUAAUCUCAAGAUCAUUCUGGAAGAUGGUGGCAGGGUGCUGUCGCCUUCCUAGAAAUCUUCGUCGAGUAAUCUGGCAACGCUCGAGAAGAUUUGUGUAUCUCAGUACCCUCCCACCAGUUGUAUGGCUUCUAUUUGUUCUGUUUGAUACGAAGUAUUACGUCUGUGCAAAGCUGGGUUCAUUAGAGACUCGACUUAACAAAACUACGCCAGAUGAACAUCCUGAAAUCUUAAGCGAGUUCGAAGCUGCUAACACAGAGUCCCAGGUCAUUGGAUUUAUUCUGCUGUCGAUCACGAUGCUUUUUGCAACGAUAUCAAUCUCCGUCGAUCGAUGUUGUUCCAAGUCCGACACAUCAAUCAAAGAUCAACAGGAAUAUGAACAUUAUCUGGCCGAAGAAGAAAUCAGGUUGUUUAACCAAAAGGUGGAACCUUUAGCAAAAGAACAAGCUAAGGUACACGUCGAAGCUUUGUUUGAGAAAUACAGAGAGACAGGCGACAAUAAGGAGAUGAUACGUCAGAUAUCAAAACACAUAGAAGAGGAAUUUCCUUGGGCGCCAACCUUCCAAUCUUAAAUUGGUAUACAAUGUAAAAUCAUGUUAACUUUGAUAUUCGUGAUAUCGACCUUACAAUCAGGGGCAACCUUUACCAAGAACAACUAAUUCAACGCCAAAAUUCUUACCAGCGAAAGAUCACCCGUGGCCACGAGGCAUCCAAAUGAAGCGCUUUAUUCAUAGCUCCGCCUAAAUUAACAUUGAACUCUCGCGACUUUCGCAGCAGUACUGCGAUCUGUAUUCAUAGACAACACUCAAAUGCCCCAACGUGACACUAGGUCGCGUUUCUCAAGUCCUCACUCAAACAUAACUAGUGAUUAAUCAGUGAAAGGGGAGCUAAA